AUGAACACUCUACGCGCUCUUCCCAUCCUCAAUCGGCCUUCAAGGCCUUCAAGUCCAGCACCGACGUCCACCGAUAAAAUGAAUGUCACUGCUCAGCCUCCCUCGGUCGGAAUACAUCAUACAGCAUCUGAGCCUGGUAAACCCAGGUCCAAAUCACUUUCACGUCAGGUCACGGACCGAGUGGCUUCGCUCCAAGUCAACGGAGCCAUGACAGCCAAAGCGGCACCUACCCCUCAGUCAGUCACGCCACGAGUUCCUUCUCCGCCUGGCAGUCGAGCGACGACGCCAAAAUUACCCAAUGGCCCACCGGGAGCCACCGCGGCCGGCGAAAAUGUCUCUGCUCACUCGUCAGGCUAUAUGGACGUCAUCGGCCUGCGUCUGACCGAAAGCGUGAACAAGGCUUGUGCCGGAGUUGAUCUCCGGGCCAAGAAGGGCUUCAAAUCUGGCUCUGGUUGGGCCGUAGGCGAAGCAGUCAUCAAGGAGCUCCCCCAACCCAGUUCGGAUGCGUACCUUUUACGCGCAGUCCUUCGCACUGCUGUUCGGGCCAUGUCGAUCUACAUUACUCGCUUGGAGUCGCUCUUGCUCCCAGCGAUCACGGAUCCAGCUUUCGCCUCGCCCCUUAAUCUCCAUCAACCUACCAUCACCUCACACCCACUCAAUCCUGUGCAAUACUUCAGCAUUUCCGUCGCUCAUGCAGCUUGGGAGACGUGCGAAAGGCUCGAGCAGACUUUGGAGACAGGGACGUGGCCUAAAUUCGUAAAUGAGACGCUUCGACCCGUCAUGGACAAGUUUGAUCUGAUUGUCGGCAAAGUCGUGCAGCCGCUCAUUGGCGCGCUCAAGCGAGACCUUAUUGCUGCUCUGACUCGCACAGAAGGUGCAUCUCCCUCUGGAAAGACUGCAGGUCUCGCUUCGCUUCCGGCGCCUACUACGGCACCAGCUGCCAACAAGGAGACCGCCCCGGGUAGGCUUACCAAGGAAAUUUCUUCGGGCGGCACCUCGCGUCAAAUGCCCAUCCCAGUUUCCCUGCAGUACUUUGCGUCACGAGUCGAUGCUGCUCAUCGCAUCCUUCAUAUCAUCGCUUUCCCCUGUGCGGACGAUGGCGAAGGAUGGGUCACUGGAGUCGCGGUGACAGUCAUCUGGAAGGGCAUGUGCAUGAUUGCAGAAAAGGAUAUUGGGGCAUCUCAUCGACCGCCUAGUCCCGGCAGCGUGGCGAAAGCACUAAACAACCUGGCAUUGAAGGAAGGUGGUGGAUCCAUAGGCACUGCGACCCCUUCAAGCUCUCAUCAUCCAAGUGGAGGCGUGACAUCUUCCGCAUCGAUUGGACACGUGACUGCUAAGCUUACGACGAUGCUUCCUGCGCGAGCUGUCUCUCGAGCUGCAUCUCCUCCUCGAUCAUCGCACAAGAUGGACCCUACUACUCAUGCUCUCUACUCUCUCGAAGGUCUGGUCAAGCGUCUUCUUGGCAACAUGGUUUUACCUUCGACUCGAUCGACAACCGAUCCGAGUCCAACGGAGCACCUUGCCCGAGAAGCCCUUCACGAAGCCAUUGAGGCAUUGGAGUCUUUCCGCAUUAUCUCGGCAGCAAUGCACGGCUCCUCUCCCGCCUCUGCCAGGCUGCUGGCCACGUGCCGUCGAAUCAGGGACGAUGUCGACGACGUGGAAGAGGAAGCUCUGGAUGAUGCCAUUGAAGAUGCGCCAGCCGUACUCCUCUACAGCUUGUUCUUGCGUCAAGCCAAUUUGGCCUUAUCCCACGCUGCCAUUUUGCAGCACUCAAACGACCCUGAAAAGCUAUCUACGAAGAGCAUAGAUGAGUUGCGCCUUCGACAUCCUGCAGAGAUUUGGGGAUGGAAACACUCGGAAUAUGAACGUCAAGUCCUGGGUGGAUUCGGACCAGCAGAGGAAUGGGCCAAGCGAAUCGCGCUAGUUAUCAAACCUGAAAUUGAGCGCGUCAUGUCGGCUCUCGCAGCUGAGGUUGCGGUUUCUGGCGCGGCAACUGAAAUCGCUUCAGAUGCAGUGGUCAGGAAAGACUUGAUGGAAGCUAUCGAAUGGGUCAAGUGUCUCGGCGUCUUGUGCGAUGCCAGAGGCGACGUCAAGGUCGUGUGUGCGACUUGA